AAUCGCUUGUUCUUCUUGUUAUCACAACCGCCCGGCCAGGUGGGCUUUCAUUAGGCUACGACUCAAGGCUGCUCAAGUUUUCACAGGGCUUAUUAAUCAUGUCGCAGGCUCUGGUAACAGAUUUCUUCUCUGGUCGUAAGAAAAGGACGGCCGAUUCGCUCAAACCGAGGCGUGCUGCUGCUGCUGCUGCUGCUGCUGCUGGUGGUGGUCGUGGCUCGUCCAAAAGCAGCGCGGUCAAAACAAGAGCAGUCGCCUCUUCCUCUUUAAACGAAGACCUUCUCUCAAAGUCGUCCCCAAGUCAAGUCCGUGAUGACCUUCUUCCAAUCGUCGACGCGGUAGCAAGUUUACCGAAAGGAGCGUCUGAUCUUUUCAAGAAGCCCAAAGAUACAGCUCGGAUUCCAAAGCGAACCUCUCCAAAUGCAGAACUUGGGACGGACGCAGUGUUGGGCUCCACGGAACACAGCGCAGCAAAGAAGCGUCAAAUGGAAGUUUGUUCUCUCGACACAAUGAAGGUUCAAGGAAAAACGACCAAAUUGAGCAGGAAAAAACGUAUCCCCGCUCAUCCCAACGAACAGGCUCAUUGCGGAGAAACGAUUACGUCCCAUAAUCCGCUCCUUGGGAGGCUCAAAAAACAAGCCGAUGACCCCGGCACGACUUGUGUUUCGCCAUCAUCCGUUUCAUCCUCCGUUGCUGUGUCAAGGGCAGCUGUGACGCGAGCCAAAGAGCUUGCAGCUAAAGCUAAGAAGGCCAAGGAGAAAGACUCAGAGGAUGAAAAGUUACAGAAAGAGCUGCAAUUUGAGGAGAGGGUUCACCAGCCAGCAUACCAGAAGUAUCACAACCUAGCCCAGGACACUCCCCCGGGGCUCUCCCUGCCCUACCACUUCAAGGUGCUGGCCGAGAUGUUUAGGAACACUGACACGGUGGUCGCCAUGCUUUUCAACCGUUUGGAGACUGCCACUUUGGCCAAGAUCAAAAAGGGAGUCCAGGACAUGAUGCACAGACGCUUUGAAGAACACCACAUUGGCCAAAUGAAGACGGUCUUCCCUGAGGCCUACGCCUUCAGGCAGGAAAAGAACAUCCCGACAUACAACAACUGUAUCAAGAAAAGCAGCUACCAGCUGACUGUGGAACCUGUACUUUUCUGUGGCCAAAAGGAAGGUCGACCCGCAUUGACGGCCUCUGAUCUUUUGGAGAGACGACGCAUCUUCCAUCACAAGCUGCUUUCCAUUGUCAAACAGCACCACAAGCUUUUCCUCUCCUCGUUAAAACCUCCACUUUGCGUGCCAGAAGACAAAUUGACGCGCUGGCACCCCAACUUUAACGUGGACACGGUCCCAGCUGUGCAAGCAAGCUUACUGCCGCAACCUCCUCACGUGGACAAACUGGCAACUGCACAGGAGGUUUUGGACAAGGCUCAAUCUCUCAUCACACCCAAGAUGGAGAAAGCACUGGUUUCUCUGGUUCAGAAGGCAGGAGAUAAAAAAGAGACGUCGCCACAAAAUGUGACCCGCGAGCAAGCGUCAACUUCACUGUGUAUUCCGAAUGUCUUGAAUGGAGUGUCGCAGUCCUUGUUAAACAGAAUUAGGGCAAAGGAAGCCCAGAAGCUGCAGGCAGCCAUGACUCGAAGUCCAUCUCAGGAAGAACGUCUCUCCAUGAUGUCCCGGCUCGGGGAGCUAGCUCGGAUUCUUCGGAAUGUUUUUGUGUCUGAAAAAAAACAAGCCUUAAAUAUGGAAGUCCUUUGUAAGCGGAUGGUCACCAGCUCCAGAUCAGCUUUCACUUCAGGUGAAAUGGAGAAACACAUCCGAUUGCUGGCGGAGCUCAACCCCCAGUGGCUCUCCAUACAUCCAGUCAGGAAGGACUUGUACAUUAAAUUGAACAAGCACUUGGACCUGAGUGUAAUUCUGGACAAAUUGACUUGUAACCUUGGCCAAGAGGAGAAAUUCUAACUGCAAUUUGGUGAGCUCGUCACAUGAACUCAUUCAUUAAGGGCUGCUAUGCAAAUGUUUAAGGAAUCGUGUUUUGGUUCCCUCAAUUUAUUGUAUUGCUUGCAGUGUUUUAUACGGGUAUACUUGUAGAUAAUGGAUAGUUUUGUGAGCAAGUAAUAACGAGCAAAAAUUAAAGGAACAAAAACACCUCACCUCAGAAAGAUAGCGUUGGACAGGAAGGCGAAGGUUUGGCUCCAUUUACUUCGUAAUGUAUGACACGCGGCGGUCGUGACACUUUUUAGGAGGGUUAAAAACAGCCUCACAAACUCACUUUUGAACACUGUUUAGUUAACUUUGACUAUACCUCCAUCAAUGAAUUGUCAUUAUUCCUUUCAAAAGAUUGUAUUUAUUUUAUGGUCAGUACUGAACCAAAGAGAAUACGCUGUGCGGGUUCAGUCUGUCAAUGCCUUUCAGUUCUGUCAGCUCAAUCACCACCAUGCAGCCUUGAAUUUUGGCGUGUCGUUUCUUCAGGAGUUCACAAGCUGCAAACAGAGUACCUAGAGAAGCAUUGAAAACACGUUCAGAAUGGCGCCCAGAAAAACAUUUGGCUUGGACAGCAAAUAAAAGCGCUCACCUCCAGUUGCUAGAAGGUCAUCAACAAGCAGUACUUUCUGGCCUGGUGUGACUGCACCCUCUUGGAUCUCUGCUUCUGCCUGAAACCGUACCAUCAAUUGGAUGUAUACCUAGAACCAAAUGCGGUGGAAAUGGCCACCGCGGACUGGUCCCGAGUAGACAAAAAAAAUUCCCACUACAGCAAAAUAUAUUUAUUACCUCAACUUUUUUUUUUUUUUUUUUUUAAAUAUAGAAUACAACUACAGUUUAGAAUCGUGCGAAAUAAAAGGCGGACUGCAUUGCAUGACACUGUCUCCCUGCUUCUUGGCGUAGGCAACGAAAGGAGAAAUGUGUACUAGUGUCACCAAUGACUCAUGUUUAUUUCCGCUCCUGCAAGAUCAGGCCAGGCCAAAGUGAACCUUGUUCACGCGAUUAAAACAGAUCAAGGGGGGGGGGGUCUUGCAUUCACGGCGUUACGAAGGCCAAACUGAUACCACUACUAUUUCUAUUAAAGCAGGAAAUGACACAUUCGGCAGUGUUUGUAGUGUAAUUUCUUGUGCGCUAGUACCUUCCCAUACUCCAAAUCGUAGGCCACAGACACGAUGGCUCCUGGGAGUUUUCCUUUCUUCCUGACCAUGACAAAGCCAACUCCCAGCCGCUGGGCAAGAAGUGGCCCAAAGAGGAACCCACGUGCAUCCAAA